UCCCAUAGUAACCGCGGGCCGGCGCCGGGGCUGCCAUGUCCUUCAAGCGGGAGGGGGACGACCCCGGUCAGCUGGGGGUGCUGCAGAAAAGACGUAUCGCGGACCUGUUGGCCAACUACAUCCCCGAGGAUGAGGCACUGCUGCUGAGGAGCGGGAGGUACGCCUGCACAGUGUGUGCCCACCGCCCUGUCUUCGACACGCUGGACGUGCUGACAGUCCACAGAGCCGGCAAGAAGCACAUGGGCAGCCUGCAGCGCUUCUACAGCAGGAAGCGCUCACUCCAGGACGCGGCUCAGAAGCGGCGGCACGAGGAGGAGCUGCAGGCAGAGGAGGCAGGCACACAGGGCUCCCCGGCCCCUCUUCUGGCACAGACGAGGAGGAUUGCCCGGAAUGCUCUGCUCAAAGCAGCUCCCUACAGCAGCUGCUGCCGGAGGACGGGGGUGGAGGGAAGCAGCUCACGAGCUGGUGUCACCCAGAUGGGGCUGAGUGCUGCCCCGAUGCUGCCAGAGCCGUCGCAGAAGAACGGAGCAGCCCUGGACGCCAGCCCUGCAGCCCUGCUGCCGGGGCACCGCAGCAGGCGAGUGGGUGCCCCGAAGACAGCUCCGGCGCGGACGCAGCAAGGCAGCAAAGGAAAAGCCUCAUCAUCAGUCCCGAGCCAGGCUGAAGCCCUCAGCCCCGAGAGGCGCCAGGCCCUGGAGCGAUACCUGCAGCUGCGCAGUGCCGGCUGGAUCCAAGACCGCUCUGGCAAGUGGGUGAAGGAUGAGAACGCUGAAUUUGACUCUGACGAGGACGAACCACCUGCGCUGCUGCCGGCCUGAGGCCCCCCUGGGCUCCUCUGGUCCCCACGGGGACUGUCCCCCUGCAGCUGUCCCCACACCUGCCAUUAAUAGAGGCAGCUGGAGAGGA